AUAAUAAUAAAUUUAUUGGGAAAAUAUUGUAUGACUAGGAUUAUGUUUUUAUAAGAACCUACUGUACAGUACUUUGUACUGCUUUUAAGGUUUACCUCUAAAAAAAUUUACCACCCUUUUUACCAAAAAAAAGCUACAGUUCUUCUAAGACUCGACCCAAAAAUUGCAAAAUUAUAAAUUUUCCAAAUUGGGGGUACUUUUGUAAAUUUAUCAUAUGAAACGUCAAUCAACAAAAAGAACUCAUCAUGUCUCAACUUUUUUUUUUCUUAAAAAAAUUAAUUAAUAAAAAAAAAAUCAAAAAUAAAAAAGAUUUAUAUACAGCUUUUCUCCAUUUUCAUAUCCCAAUUAUCCAAUCCUCAAUUUUUUACUACACUUUCUCUCUCCAUUAUUUUUUUUUUGCCCUAAAUUUCAUCUUCUUCCUCCUCUUCUUAUUAUUUUCACAAUAUUUCCCCCCCAAAAAAAAGCUAGCUACUUAGUAGUAGUAUCCAUUUAUUUACUAAAUUAGUACAAUAAUUAGUUAUUUACAUAAUAUUCCCCAAAAAGCUAGAAAAAAAAAAAGAAAGACACAAUCAUCAUAAUCAUCAUCAUAUCAUUCAUAUUUGAUAUUCCUUCUUCCUUUAAUUUCAACAAAGGUGUUAUUAUAUCUUGUUUUGUUCAAAAAAACAUAACAACCAAAAAGAAAAGAAACCUUAAACAUACUUGAGUCAUUGUUUGUGAGAAGUAAGUAAUGGAUCUUAUCCCACCACCGUCGUCAUCGUCUUCUGCUACUACAACGGCCAACAACAACAACGGGCAGUUAAGUAGGUACGAGAAUCAGAAGAGAAGAGAUUGGAACACUUUCGGGCAGUAUUUGAGAAACCACCGUCCUCCGUUAACGUUGUCCCGUUGUAGUGGGGCCCACGUUUUGGAGUUUUUAAGGUACUUGGAUCAAUUUGGAAAGACUAAGGUUCAUAAUCCGGGCUGCCCGUUUUUCGGACACCCUAAUCCACCUGCCCCCUGCCCUUGCCCGCUCCGUCAAGCGUGGGGCUCACUCGAUGCUCUCAUAGGCCGUCUUAGGGCGGCCUAUGAGGAGAACGGUGGCCCGCCUGAGAGUAACCCAUUCGGGGCUCGAGCCGUUAGGCUUUACCUUCGCGAGGUCAGGGACUCCCAGGCUAAGGCUAGGGGCAUCAGCUAUGAGAAGAAGAAGCGCAAGCGGCCUCCGCCUGCGACCACGUCCUCCCGGACAAUGCCCCAGCCCCCGCCGCUGCCGCCUCUUCAGCACCACCACCUCCAUGGUGAGUCCAGUGGCGGCAGCAGCAUCGGAUUACUAACUGGACUCACCAUGGAUGCACAUCAUGGAAAUGGGGGUGGUGGUGGUGCUGGGGAAAGAAGUUUCCCAUAAAAAUAAGUUAUCAAUCAUAAUAUAUCAUGGUGAUAAUACUCGAUCAAGAUCCAUUUCAGGGAGAUGGAGUCUAGCCUAUCUUACAAGCUUACAUGACAUUCAUUACAAGGAACUGUUUGAGUCUUUAUAACUUUUAUGAAGAAAACAGAGGAAGUAAUUUUGAAGAGAUCGUAAUAUAUAUAGAUAUAGAUAUGUUGUUACUUGUUAGAGAUGAUGUUUAUGGUUCAAUUGGAACUUCUAUGGUAACACCACAAUACAACUAUUAUCUUAGAUGCACGCACGCAGGGUUUUUUUGAUUAAGAUACGAGAAUAAAACCAACAACAUUAUAUCUAGGCGAAAAUAUAUAAUGUAUGUAUGGUUGAAUUCAUGAAUUGUCAUUACCUAUACCCCAUAAUAUAGGAAUUCAUGUAACAAGUUUAAGUGGACUACACACUUGAGUUUUAAUUUGAAAUUAACAUGAUAUAUGUAUGUGAAUAUGUGCAUGAACCACCCUAAGUUUACUCGAAGUAUAAAAAUUGACAUUACUCUAUAUAGCAAAUUAGAUUGGCAGACAAAAUAUUUUGGACAUAAAAAGUGAUGCUUCGUU